CUUAGCUUCGAGCUUUUCAAUAAUAAGCUGUAUAUCUUCAGAAACGAGAAGACUGAAGUUCUUUUGAUUCUCUACAUUGAUAACAUGCUGAUAGCUAGCUCUAUAUCCUCAGAUAUUAAUAAGAUUGCUGCUGCUAUUAGCAAGCGAUUUAAUCUUAAGCAUUUGGAAGAUUCAGAAAAGUUUCUGAGCUUUAAUAUU